AUGGCGGACGAAAAGCCAGAACAAUCGGCAUCACCUUUUGUGGGCAUGUUCGAAGGGUUCCGUGCAGAGCUGGACGAGCAUCAUGAUCGUCGAGAAAGGAUCAUUAAAGCAUCGCGCGACAUUACCGCGUCAAGCAAGAAGAUCAUCUUCACCCUUCAGAGGGUCCGGGCUGUUGGCCAAGCAUUACCACCCUGGGUCACUAAGAAGAAUGCUGAGUACUGGGAAACUAUUAAGGAUCGAUACAAGAGCAUUGCUGCCGAUCUUCAAGGACUCAAUGCCUAUCGAUACUCUCAUAACAUCACAGGCGGAAAUCAAGAGUUCAUGGAAGCACUCAGUUUCCAACAUUACCUGGAAACCCAGUCACUCAUUUCAUACGAUGAAGCAAAAUCACGAAUUGCUAGCAUGAGCGGUGAAGCGGGACCGAUUGCUUUUACCCCAGAAGACUACAUCUUGGGUGUGUGUGACAUGACUGGCGAGCUCAUGCGCUUCGCUGUCACAAGCAUGGCUACCAGUGGAAAACUCCCAUCCGGCAAACAGGCGGAGUCAAACAAGAGGCUGAAGCAAGAGCACGACCAGGAAGACGCCAGUGACAAGAUGGAGAUUGAUGAACAGACGCCAGCUGCAAGUGAGACGCAGAAACCACGGACUGUCCUGGACGACUUGAGGGCGGUUCGGCUGCAGCUCGAGAUGUUUGAGGUGCCUGGGGGAUCCAAAUUUGCAGCUGAGCUGGAGACGAAGAAAAUGCCUGUAAUGCGGGAGUGUGUAGACAAGGUUGAGAAAGGGCUGUAUGGGCUCACAGUGCGUGGAAACGAGCGUCCCAAAGGCUGGAUGCCAGACAUGAGCAGUGGCAGGGGCAACGAGGUGGAGAGCUACUGA